AUGUUCGCAGACAAGUUUCGAUGCUCUUGUCACAGCUUGUCACAUCAGGAGAAUACCUUGACUGUCGCGGUACGGGAGGAAGAUAUUGGACUGCAAAAGGAGGCGUGCCCCAUCUGCCUGGAGUGCUUCCAAGUUGGCGACAAGGUACGAAGACUCCCCUGCAUGCACUUAUUCCACGUCGUGGGUGGCGAGUCUUCUUCCUCCCAGGGGCGCCACUGCAACAUUGAUAGGCCGACUCAGCAGUACGAUUUGUGGACGAUGUAUUCUUAUCAUGCAGAGUUUGCGCGCGCUUCCCUCAAGACCAGCGACAUGCAAGAGUGUUCCAAAAUUGGAAAGCCACUUUCCCCAUGA